UUGAUUCCCGCCAAAACCAGUGGCCAAAACAGAUUUCAACGCGGGACGAAAUUGUAGUUGCACAUGUGACUGAGAAGAACCGAAUUCAAAAAUUCCACUGCCGACUAUAUAAGCUGCAGCAUGACACAGACUGCAUUAACAGGAGGGCAAAUUUCACUAGACAGUGUUUCAGAACAAGGAUUCUGCUCAUUUUAUGAGACAAUAAAGGAAAAGCCAGAGACUACAAUACAAAUUUUUGAAAGAUCUGAUUACUACACAGUGCAUGGCAGUGAUGCUGCAUUUACUGCCAGGGAAGUAUUCAAAUCAACUGCAGUGCUAAAGUUCUAUGGUUCAGGCUCAAACAAACUGCCAUAUGUUACACUAAGCAAAAACAACUUUGAAAAAUUUGUUCGGGAUCUACUUUUGGUGAGACAGUACAGAGUAGAGCUAUACAAGAGUAAAGCAGGGAAAAGCAAUGCUUGGGAGCUCGCUGGCAAGGCAUCACCAGGAAAUUUACAGCAGUUUGAAGAGGUGCUUUUUGGUAAUAAUGAUAUGUCAGCAUCAGCAAUUGUCAUGGCAACUAAAAUAGGCAGUGACUCUACCGGACAGAAGUUUGUUGGUGUUGCAUAUUCCGAUGUUGAAGCAAGGAAAUUUGGUGUUUGUGAAUUCACUGACAACGAUCAGUUCUCGAACUUAGAGGCACUGCUUGUUCAGAUCGGGCCUAAAGAAUGCUUAUUUCCCGGCCCUGAUUCUAGUGCAGAUGGUGCGAAGAUAAGACAAGUUUUGGAAAGAAGCAAUGUCUUGGUAACUGAACGUAAACGAGCUGAAUUCUCAUCGAAAGAUGUCGUGCAAGAUCUUGACAGAUUGCUAAAGACACGAGGCAGCUCAUCUGCAUCUCUACCGGAGUUGGAUCUGGCACAGGCUGUUUGCUGUCUGACGUCCAUCAUAAAAUAUCUGGAGCUUCUUUCUGAUGACAGCAACUUCGGUCAAUUUACCAUAUCUGCGUUCGAUUUGAGGCGGUUCAUGAGGCUCGAUGCAGCUGCAGUGAGGGCACUGAACCUUUUUCCUUCGCCUCUGGAUGGUGGUAACAAAUCCAAAUGUCUAACUGGUUUGCUGAACGCCUGCAAGACACCUCAAGGACAAAGAUUACUGGCCCAGUGGGUCAAGCAGCCACUUAUGGACAAAAACCUGAUCGAGGAAAGGCUGGAUAUCGUCGAAAUUUUUAUUGAAAGUACAGAACUACGGCAAACUAUUCAGGAAGAGCACUUAAAGAAGAUUCCAGAUCUAUCACGCCUUUCAAAACGAGUUCAGAGACAGAAGGCGAAUCUUCAGGAUUGUGUUAGGAUCUACCAAGCCAUUCGAAGGCUUCCUUAUCUAGUUAGCUGUCUGGAGAAUUAUAGCGGGAAGAAUGAAACUAUGAUCAAGGAAGUGUUUACAAAACUUUUUCAGGAUUUCGUUGUCGAUUUUUCCAAGUACAUGGAAUUGAUUGAGACAACGGUUGACUUAGAAGCAGUUGACAGCAACGAGUUCCUUAUCAAAGCAGAGUUUGAUGACGGACUUAAAGAAUGCAAAGAUCAAAUGGAUGAGAUAUUUUCUAAAUUUCCUAAAGAACUAAGCAGAGCUGCAAGGGAACUUGGUUUGGAAGAGAACAAGACAAUCAAGUUGGAAUCAGCCGCACACAUUGGCUACUUUUUUCGCAUCACACUAAAGGAAGAAAAAGUUCUGCGAAACAACAAGAAAUUUGAGACCAUUGAAACCCGGAAAGAUGGGGUGCGUUUCACAAAUUCAUCCCUGCGACAAAUGAACUCCGAAUAUCAGACUUUAAAAAGCACCUAUACAUCCAUUCAAAGCCAACUUGCUGCUGAAGUCAUCAAAAUUGCUGCUGGAUACGCUGAGCCACUCCAGUCACUCAGUGACGUUAUUGCUCAUCUUGACGUACUUGUGAGUUUUGCAGUUGCUGCGACCAUAGCUCCCAUCCCUUAUGUACGUCCAGUUAUCAAGGAAAAAGGUACUGGUAACAUCAUAUUAAUUGGAUCUCGACAUCCUUGUCUUGAGGUCCAAGACGAAGUCGCAUUCAUUCCAAAUGACGUCAAAUUGCUAAAAGAUGAGAGUGUCUUUCAGAUUAUUACUGGACCAAACAUGGGUGGAAAGUCAACAUAUAUUCGUCAGAUUGGUGUCAUUGUCUUGAUGGCACAGAUUGGAUGUUUUGUUCCUUGUACGUCAGCAGAAAUAUCAAUUAUCGACAGCAUAUUGGCGAGAGUGGGUGCAGGUGAUAGUCAGCUGAAGGGAGUGUCUACCUUCAUGUCUGAAAUGCUGGAAACAGCUUCUAUUCUACGGUCUGCUACAAAAGAUUCGUUGAUAAUCAUUGAUGAACUUGGUCGAGGGACUUCAACAUACGACGGAUUUGGACUUGCAUGGGCAAUUUCUGAACACAUAGCUACACAACUGAAAAGCUUUUGUCUCUUUGCCACCCAUUUUCACGAGUUAACUGGCCUAGCUGAUGUCGCUCAUGCUGUUUCCAAUUUGCAUGUUACAGCCAUGACAGUUGACGGAAGUCUGACAUUGCUUUACAAAGUCAAACCUGGUGUUUGUGACCAGAGUUUUGGUAUUCAUGUCGCUGAGUUGGCACAUUUUCCACAAAAUGUCAUUGAGUUUGCAAGAAAAAGAGCUAGGGAGCUUGAAGAUUUUCAAGGAACAUCUGGGACAUUUACCGACACUGUGGCAGAUCACGACACUGCUGCAAAGAAAAGACGAAUAGCAAAACAGGAUGGAAUGAAAAUAAUUGACGAUUUCCUGCACAAAGUCACAGAAAUUCCUCUUGGCGAAUUGUCUGAAGAGCAAUUAGAGGCGCGAGUGAAUGAACUGAAAUCAGGUGUAACAGCAAGCGAUAAUUUGUACAUCAAAGAGCUACUGGUUAAAUAGCACUCCUUUCAUUUGAUUUAUGGGAUACUGUUAUAAAAAUUUGGAAUGGUUAGAGUCAACAAUACUAUCGGAUUUAGUUAGUGUAGCUCAUAAUUAUUAUUGUAGAUAGAAUUGUAACCUGUCUUGUAAAAUAUUCGUGUUUGUUUGUAUUUCUAAAUGUUUAUCUGUUGUUAAAUUCACAACAACAACAACUGCCGCCAUCCGCAACAGACCUAGCUUGCGCCCAGACACUAACCCUCACGAAGGACGUGUUCUAAACCUCCUUCUGCAUGCAUACUACCACAGACCACGUACCCUGGCUUUCUCUUCUUCUCACCUCCUCCGCACUUUCCUGCGACGCCCCCUACUUGACGAUCCCACAACGCCCCAUUUUCCUAUUCCCCACUAGACGCUCUAGAACCAACAGUACAGUCCAUGGCGAAAGACAAUUAUUCCAGACAGUCGUUUCAGGCCGUCGUUUCAGGCAGUUAUUCCUAACAGUUUGUGAACAGUUGGUUAUACCAUGCAGUUUUUUUGGUAGCCGUUUCUUUAUGACGUUAAUUUUGUCACAUUUCAAGUAUUAGGGAGGGUCCCUUUUCUACAAUCUGAGCUUUUCUACACCUGGAGAAACAAUCAACUUUUUCAAGCAGUUGAUUGCUUUUUCAUUAUAAAUACCAAAUACAAUUUUUAGUAUCGAUAUAUUUUUACAGGCUUUACAACAUAAAUAUUGGUCACUUUCUUGUAUUUGGCUUAUGAUUUUUAUUUAUUAUUCUUUGUUUUUCUUUCUUUGCAAAGUUUAUGAUUAAUUUUGUUGUUAUAUAUAUCUUUUUAUAAUUUUGCUGUUAUUAAGAGCAAUUUACUGUAGACUCUUUCUUCUGUUUACUGUCUUUUAAAGAAAAUAUUUUACUAUUAAGGGCACAGCAACAAAAGUUCGUAAAAAGAAAUGCUAGCAUAUUAAAACGCGAAAGAAUUUAAAUGCAGGAUUUAAUGCAGUACAUGUUAAUUAUCAGAAGUCACAAAUUAUUCUAUAUUGAUCUUUAAUUGUUGUGUUAGUUUAUUAUACUGUAUUGUAUCUUCAAAAGUCGGUUGAUUAAAGUUUUAUUAUUUGUAUCUGUUUAAACUGCGAUUAAACUUUAUUGAUUAACGAUUAAAGAAUCCCAGAAUUUCUCAGGACACCUUUGACGAUAGUAUGACAUGUCUGAGACGUUUUUUGUCUUUUUUACAUCAACUUUUAAUGUAGAAUUGUUAUCUUUCAUCAGCAGCAUAAGAAGUACCCAAGUGCAAUCGUAUGCUAAUGUACUGUAACCUAUGUUGUGUAGUCUUAAUUCUGCUGUUUAAAUAAGUGUUUUGUUAUGUUAAAGAUAGUCAUGUCUAAGUAA